CUCUGCUGGCUCUGGAGGCUGGAGUUCCCGUGCUGGGCCCUCCUGGGCGGGUUCUCUCUUGCUGCUGCCAGUACCCCGCCCCUCCCGUCCUCCUGGGUAGCCUGGGAGGAAUGGCGGAAGAAAGCAGUGAAGCCAGGUAGCAGUGGCCCGGCCACCCCACCAGGCUCUGCUGUAGGCUGGGCUCUCAAGGCAGCUGCUCCAGGAGGGGCCCCCUAGGAAGGGACUGCCACACUCCUGGGAGCGUUCCUGGCCCCCUCCAGUGCGAAUGACCCUGGGCCCCAAGGCUCCGAACACCCGCCCCUCUGCUCCAGGCUAGCUUGGCUGAGCCCGAUGCUACUCAAGGUGAGGAGGGCGUCCUUGAAGCCUCCGGCCGCCCCACACCAAGCCUGGCUCCGGCCCCCCACCCUGCUGCAGGGCCCGAGGACGUCUCCCCAGGGGUCCCCACCUCGGUCUCCUUGGGGGGACUGUGCUGAGCCCAGCUGCCUCUGUGACAUGAAGAUAAGAAGGCGAAGACAUGAAGGGCCUGCCUGGGGGCAGUCUGGCUUUCUUGCAGAGGAGCCGCCCCUGGCUCCCUCCUCCCUCUCACCGGCAGCCUGCGGGGUGGUGAGGAUGAAGGGGCUGUGGGGCCGGGGUGCCAGGAUUAGAAGGAGGUGACUGCCAUCUCUUUCUCCUCAUCGUGUUUUUCACCUCUUAAGUCAACUUUGGUUUCUCGGGCUCAGAGUUCUCUCCUGACGGUGGCAGGGUCCUCAGAUCACCGGUGCAGACAGGGCCAGACAGGGCCAAUGUGGGGACCCACUCAGCCUGUGGCCUCUGCAGGAGGGAGGUCGGAGGCCUCAGCAGCCACCCCGGCCACCUCCUGAAAUAGUGAAUGUCCUUCAUUUUCAGCUGGCAAGCUCUGAUCUUAUAACGAGGUAUGGAAGUGUUCAGAAAACUUUCAGCAGACGUUCGAGGGAAAACAGCUCAGCUUCCCAUGCCCCCCACCUCUGCCAGGAGCGACCCCAUAUCCCUCAAACAGAAUUCUGGGAACCUGGGACCAUAGGGUCUUCCUGUGCCUCCCCUGCCAGCUCUGCAUGACUUUGUCACGUACUUGAGUGCUGGCUGAGAUGAUACUACCGCUACCAAACAGGUGGGAGGCCAGCCCCAGCCCCAGCCCUAGCCCCACCGGGGCCGGAGCUCCCGGUGAAGAAGCGUCUGCCUGGUUCGCAGGUGUCCAGGACACACCAGUCGCCUGACUCCCGGUCAGGCGAACGCACACAUCAAGUUCUUGCAAGCCAGGGCUCUGCUGGCAUCUUCAAGAAGAGGGAGGGUCCUGGCCCUGACCACAGGGCUCCCUUGACAGGAGGAGUUACAAACUCGGCUUCCUGGGGGGCAUCGUGGGGUGCGCUGCCUGCCAGGAGACCCCACUCCUGGUCACGGGGUUCCGUUCCACACAGUGGCAGGAGCCAUGCAUGAUUCUUGGCUGAAGAAGGACCCGCACAGCUAUGUGGUCUCUGCCGCCCAGCAGGGAAGCCCCCACAUCAGCCGUAAGGGAACUUCCCAAAGCUCAGCAGGUGCCUCUUCCUGCCAUCCGCUAGGUCUUCUCUUGGCCCCUCUCCCAAGCCUUGACCCAUAGCUGACACUUCUAGAAAAGUCUUUACCGAGAAACGGACCGGCUACAUGGGUGGUGAGGAGGGCAGUUGCCCAGGGCCUGGAAUCAGAGGGGCCUGUGGCUAAGGCUGUCCUGAAAUUCUUAAUCAUUUUACCUCUGAACUUGCGGGGUUUUGUUGUUGUUGUUUUUUGAGGCAGAGUCUUGCUCUGUCACCCAGGCUGGAGUGCAGUGGCGCGAUCUCGGCUUACUGCAACUUCCGACUCCCAGGUUCAAGCGAUUCUCCUCUCUCAGCCUCCCGAGUAGCUGGGACUACAGAAGUGCACCACCACACCCGGUUAAUUUUUGUAUUUUUAGUAGAGACGGGGUUUCACCAUGUUGGCCAGGCUGAUCUCAAACUCCUGAUACACCCGCCUCGGCCUCUCAAAGCACUGGGAUUACAGGUGUGAGCCACCGCGCCCGGCCCUUUUCCUGCCUCCUAAACAAGGGGCCAGGAAUUCUCCUCCUGCACUGGGUCCCCAGAUUGUGUGGCAGGCCCUGCAGAUGGCACAGGGGACUGGUUCUUCCUCGUGGAAAGCCAGGCCUGGACACCUCUUGGGCAUCGCCUGCUGGGGUGACCCUCCCACACCCAGCCUGGAACCCUAGCCAGCUCAGCCUCCGUCUGCUGAGAAAUCAAGGUGACCUUGUGGCUCAGCCCUCAGGGGGCACUCACCACACAAGAGUUCCCUUUCAAGACCCCCCUGUUUGGGGCUGGGGCCCCCAGGAAGGGUUGGGGCACCUUCCUGGGGCCCUGUUUUUCCCCAGGAGUGGGGCCUGGGAGCUGAGGGCGUCUCAUCUCCCCACAGGCAUCUGCUGCUGCUCCUGGCUGCCACUCACCCCUGUGAGAUGCUGACAGCAGGAUACUUGUCUGUGCGGGGCGUGGGAAAAAGGGAGAAAGCCUGGCAGAGGGUUGGGGGCUAAGAAGCAAAGGGCGUGGAAGGGCCACCGUGCACUUUUGAAGUCUCUACUUGCCAGUGGCCACCCCACCUCUCCCUGCCCUCAUCGAAGGACGGACAGGCCUGGCAGGUGGGCCGGAGCCGUGGGGCAGAAGCAUCCCAGGCCUGGCCUCAGAGGAAGGAGGCCAUGGUGAAAGUGGAGGCUGUCUGCAUCCACCUCCCCAGCCUUUGUCACCGGGACCUCAGCCUGACCCCAGGCCCACCCCAGGCUGCUCACCGAGGUGGGUACCCUGCCCACCGCCAGCUCAGAUGCAGUGUGUGGACUCCCUUCUCUCUGGGGGUGAGCGGGAGUUCCCUCCCCUCCACAUCAGGAGCUGGGGGAGAGCUGGAGGGCCCUGGGAUCCCCUUGACCCUGGUCAUCAGCCCCAGCCCUGACAGGCCCUGCGUGUGCCAUGUGUGGCCUGGGUUUGGAGCUCAACCCCCUGCGGGAAUUCUAUUAAAUCUCCGAUUUUAUCUGAAAACUUCA